UCCGUUGCCGUGCCGUUGGUCCUGUGUGAGAGAGAAAGAGAGAGAGAGAGAGAUGGCACGCAGCGUGCCGGAGUGGAUGAUGGGCAGCUCGCUAUGGUCCUCCCUGGACGAUCGCCGUCAGUCUACGCGGCCUCCCGCCCCCGCCAAGCAGCCCAACGCUGGAGAAUCCCCUACCUCGCCUCCCUCCAACCCUAAUCCGGUUCGCCCUGUUCCGCCUACCAGGGCAGCAGAGGUGGCGGAACUGCCACCGCCACCGCCGAUGCCAAGUCCCCUUCCUCCGCCUGCUGCUCCUACUCCUUCUCAUUCUCCUUCUAUUCCUCCUUCCGCCUUUCUUCCUUCGCCUGCUCGUCCUUCCCAGCCCGAUCGACCACCUGACGUGCAGGAUCCUGCGUCCUCCUCACCCGACGACGCACCUCGCAGAGCUCGAUUUCUCGCCGAGUUGUCCAAGAGGGUUAUCGAUUUGACGGAGUUGAGGAAGCUGGCGGCACAGGGGGUGCCUGAUUCUUCCGGGAUUCGGUCAAUUGUGUGGAAGGUUCUUUUGGGGUAUUUGCCGUGCAAUCGAGAAAUUUGGCCAGAUGAAAUGAGGAAAAAAAGGGUUCAGUACGAGGCCUUUAAGGAGGAGCUACUGAUUAAUCCUUCAGAACUUGCUAGAAGAUUAGAACUAUCCUCUGGCACCGAAAAUGACAAUGCAAAGGGUGAAGGAAGGGGACUGCUGCAUAGGUCGGAGAUCACUCAUGACGAACACCCUUUAAGUCUUGGAAAAACUAGCGUAUGGAACAAGUACUUUCAGGACACAGAAAUCAUAGAGCAAAUUGAUCGAGAUGUUAUGCGUACUCAUCCUGGCAUGCAUUUCUUUUCUGGCGAUUCACCUUCAGCAAAGUCAAAUCAGGAAGCAUUGAAACGCAUCUUAGUGGUGUUUGCAAAGCUGAACCCCGGUAUAAGAUAUGUGCAAGGGAUGAAUGAAGUCCUAGCCCCUAUAUUCUACGUGUUCAGGAAUGAUCCUGAUGAAGAAAAUGCGGCACAAGCAGAGCCAGAUUCUUUCUUCUGCUUUGUUGAGUUGCUAAGUGGAUUCAGAGAUCAUUUCUGUCAACAACUUGACAACAGUGUUGUGGGAAUCCGUUCCACAAUGACAAGAUUAACUCAAAUUUUGAGGCAGCAUGAUGAAGAGCUAUGGCGCCAUUUAGAGAUCACAACCAAAGUAAAUCCUCAAUUCUAUGCGUUUAGGUGGAUAACACUGCUCUUGACUCAGGAGUUCAAUUUUGCUGAUUGCUUGCAAAUAUGGGACACGCUUCUUUGUGAUCCAGAUGGUCCUUUGGAAUCCCUGCUCAGAAUUUGCUGUGCAAUGCUGAUUCUCAUUCGUAGGCGCCUCUUAGCUGGUGAUUUUACAUCUAAUCUUAAACUGCUUCAGCAUUAUCCAUCAACAAACAUUAGUCAUCUUCUGUAUGUUGCUGAUAAAUUGCGGGGACGGUCCAUUCAGUAGUUCUUCAGUCUAUGUUCAUCUGUAGAUACUUUGUGAGAUAUGUACAUUUCCAAUGUCUUGCUUGAAGCGUGGUCUAGAUAUUCUGCAUAUAAAACCUGACUCGGAUAGCAGUCCCACCAGCGAUCUUAGUGGACAUCAUCUCAGCUAUUUGGGGAUCAGAUUUAUGCCUUUGUUGCUGCCAAAAUUCUUAGACGCUCCAGACAAUGUACCUACGAUGCUACCUAAGCAAUUCCAGAAGAUGAUAGUGAUAGGACAAUGACUGUUUUCAACAUAUAAUCUGAUUGAUUGCCGUCCACUAGUGAUGAUGGUAGUUUUGUUAUUAAGUUUGUUGCUUGUGUGAAAUUUUUUAUUUGGAGUCAGCAUGCUGAUGCAUCUCCAAAGGUAACUGGCCCAGUGUACACCUAUCUGAAUCAGAUCAAUGUUUUCUUGUCCUUGCUAUC